CUUUUGCUCCCAAUAAUCCUACCUCUUGAAAUAACCAUUUCCCCAUUCACAUUUAGGUCUUGCUGUGCAAAUCACAUAUUGCAAAGCCUCACUCUAGAAUAACAAUGUCGCUCGCAUCUGGUGUCCAGGUUCAGGAUGAAUGCAUUACCGCAUUCAACAACCUCCGCAUGACCGGUGGUCAGAAGGGAUCUAAGCCCAAAUUCAUUAUCUUCAAGAUCUCGGACGACAAGAAACAGGUUGUUGUUGAUGAGACCUCCGACGACCCUGAUUACGAGACUUUCCUCAACAAACUCGGUGACGCCAAGGAUGCCAACGGCAAGCCCGCUCCCCGCUAUGCUGUCUACGAUGUCGAAUAUGACUUGGGUGGUGGUGAAGGCACAAGGAGCAAGAUCAUUUUCAUCUCUUGGGUGCCUUCCGGUACCUCUAUCAACUGGUCCAUGAUCUACGCCAGCACUCGAGAGGUUUUGAAGAACGCUCUCAACGUCGUUACAUCCAUCCACGCCGACGACAAGGGAGAUCUCGCUUGGAAGUCUAUCCUCGCCGAGGUCAGCGGUGGUAAGGCCAAAUAGACAAAUGGCGACGGCUGGGUCCGGGCCAAAAUGCGAUGACGUGGGAUUUCGCGCUAUAACGCCUAUGAUUGAUUGAGUUGCGAAGUGCCAUUGACUUUCCUUGCGCGCAUCCAAUCAAUAUCAAAUCGUUAUGACUUGAACGCCUGCACAGUGACCAUGUCGUUUUCGCGACCGUGGCAACUUCCCAGGAACGAGCUUUUGAGAGGGCUGCUUUUUUGUCAUUUCCUGUUCCUUCUUCGUCAGCGUUUGCCUGUACAGAAUACUUCUACCUUCUGCAGAGAUUAACUCUUGCAGUUUGGUGUAAAGUAAAGCACGAUAUCGCCUUCAUAUAAGUGAUUGCUAGACG